AUGGGAGCUGGAGAAGAAGGGGAACUGUGGGAAUUCAAGGUUGGGGAAGAAGCUUGGCCAGACACCAAAAACCUUAAACUCAAAACUCUGAGUCCAAAACUCACCAACCAACAAGUGGGACCCUUUAGGGUUAUUGAAAAGAUCUCCAACUGUGCCUACCAACUGGAGCUGCCAUCAUCCAUGCAAGUUCACAACAUCUUCUACAUAGGACUACUGUCCAAAGUCAAGAGGGAUGAAAACUGGAACUUUGAAAACAGGCCACCACCUAUUAUCAUAGAUGGCAAGGAAGGGUACAAGGUCAAAGGGAUCAUGGAUAUAGAAGAAAGGGACAGAAAAUGGUUCUUCAGAGUCAAAUGGAAGGGCUAUGGACCAGAAGAAAACAUGUGGGAACCCCAGGAAAACUUGAAAAAUGUGGGGAAAAUAUUAAAGAAGUAUGAGGAAGAGAUGAAAAAGAAGGCCCUUGGCACUGCCAAGGCCCUUAGAGGGGGGGCAGUGUUGUAG